AUGCCUCAAUCACAAACUAGAGCUAUGUGCGAAAUUCGAAAAAUACCUCACCCUGAACCGAUUUCAAUUUUUUUAACUGGAAAAGAUUCCAAAUGUUCUAGAGAAUCUCUGGUAAAAAUUUCAGAUAGUUUCGAUCAUUUUGAAGACUGCAAAAACCAAAAGUGUGCCUGUAACACCGCUGACAAAGCAUGCGACUGCUCCGAGACCAAGUGCUGUGAGCAGUACUGCUGCUCCACUGCCGCUGACAAAAAGUGCUGCAAGGCUGGAUGUGCCGGCGGAUGCAAGUGUGCCAAAUGUGAGUGUGCUCAUUAA